AUGGGGAGCCUCUUUUCUUCCUCACGGCAUCGGUCGUCUAGUGAGGAGAGACAACGACGGCGAAAGCCGGUCCGGACUAACGAUAAUGAUAGGGCAAUAUUGGACCUCAAGGUGCAGAGGGACCAACUGGACAUGCACAAGAGAAAGCUGAGGGUGCAGGUGGGUAUGGAUGAGCAAGCGGCUCGGCGAUGCAUACGAGAGAAGAAUAAGCAAGUGGCUUUGCUUGCCUUGAGGAAGAAAAAGCAUCAUGAGCUACUCCUAGAUGAAACUGAGGGGUAUCUUGUCAAGGUGGCGGAGCUGAUAGGCUCAGUCGAGAUGGCUCGGGUCCAGGCUGAUGUUGUAUCCGCUUUGGCAUCGGGCACGAAGGCUCUUAAAGAUAUCCAGAAGGAGAUAGGAGGUGUCGAGUAUGUGGACCAGUUGCUUCAAGACAAUGCUGAGGCCCAAGCGGAAAUGGCCGAGAUCAGCUCGGCUCUCACGAAUGUUGGCGUACCGGAGGAUGAUGCGGAGUGCUUGGCGGAGUUGGAACGCAUUAAUCACGAGUUGGCUGUGGAUGUCUCUAGCGGCCUGCCUACAGCUCCCAAGACUCCUCUGCCGGAGAUCCCACCCGAACUACCACAAGUUACUGCACAAGAGGCUAAAGUGCCCUCCCCCCUUGCUCAGCCAGCGACUUGA